AUGGCUUCUUCACAAUCAAAUGGAGGAAACGGAGUAUACUCUCCUGAACUCCGUCUCAAAACCUUUCAACGCAGCAUCGUCCUCUCCAUCUUCCUUUGGCCUUCCCUCUCCCUCGCCGUAACAUCCCUCUGGGGAGGUCCUGAGUCCGCCGAUAAACGCGAAUAUAUAGCCGGUACCCUCAUCGAUCUUCUCUCCGAAGACGAAAACAAGGAUGUAGAAGCAGACUGGAUCGAGACAAUCCUGCUACAGUUCAUGUCUGAUGAAUUCGAAGUAAACGUUGACGAUGGAAGCGCCAUGGAAGUUGCCAAUGGUAUUGUUAAAUGUCGAGAGGAAUGUAAGAGGGGUGCUUGGGAGGAGGAAAGCAGUUUGUGCAGGAAAUUGGAGAAGGCAUGGGAGACGAAGGGAGGAAAGAGUGACAGUCUAGCACAGUUCCAGCAAGGAGAGGACCAAGGAGAAACGGAUUCGGAAGCGAGUGGGGAUGAUGAUGAGGAUGGAGAUGUGGAUAUGGAUGAGGCGCCACAAUUGGUGAGAGUUAAGGAACCAGUUGUGCCUCAGGUGGAUGAGGAUGGGUUUACUAUGGUUACCAAGAAGAGAAGAUGA